AUGAGCAAGAUCUGGUGGAUGGGUGGAUCUCAUUCGUCCGACUUGACGGCUCCCCAACCCUGCGUCGCGUGCUGGAGGAGACCACCAACCAGAUCAUACAACGCGAACUUCAAGAGCAUCUUAAGGAAUUGGAGGCAGCCGGCAUGUCUCCUCACGAGGCGAUCGAAGCCCUCGAGAAGCUCCAGGAAGAGUUGGCGGGCGACUCCAGGACACCAGAGAAGUCCUGUGCUUCAGAUGAAGUCCGACUGCUUCAGGACGGAGUCCAGGACUUCCAGGGCCGGAUCGAAGCUUCCAUCAAGGCCUGGGGCUCGGAGUGGAUCGAAGCUUCCGUCGAGGAGCGGAUCCAAGCUCCCCUCAAGGAGAGGCUCGCGACGUACUUCAAGGGGCAGCCGUCGCUCCAGCGGCCAAGAGUUGCAGCUGCCGAAGCUCGCCUUCCAAUUCGUUGGCCCUCCCUCUCGGCAAGAGCAGCGCGAGACGGUAGUUGGUGGCUGGCGCCAGAUCAUGGAUCCAGUGUGGAACCGCCCUCUCUACGUCUCUCCUGUCAACGGCCGAACGACCUGGGGUGUGAAUGAGGUCAUACGAACUGGAGGACUGGACGACCUCCUCUUGAACAGAAGCUGGGAUCUGUGUUGUAUUGAUCCAGAAGCUCUGGAAAUUCAGAAGCAAGACGACUGGUGCAUGAACGUCUAUGCGGAUUCCGGCUUGUCCGGCGAACCCAUCGCUCGCUGGGAGAAGGGGCGACUCAUCGUUACGCAGAUGUUCGAUGACACGACAGGCAUUGCGACUGUGCUCGUGCCACCGACGGAGCCGGGUGGUGAUGCAGCCACCGGCUACGUCAAGUACUCUAUGCGAGAUGGCCGACCUUUGCUAAAGGCUAUGGUGGCACCAGUGGAAGAUCCUCCUGAGCUAGUGGAGGGCCAGUUGAUGCCAGGUGCCAAGCCUCCGGAUGAUGAGUUUCUCGAAGGGCCGUUCUUCGCAGUCCUGCCGCUCGGGAAAGAGGACUUGAUAGUUACGGUCGGCCAGGAUGUGGGCAGCGAUUCUUGGGCGCGUCUCCCGAGAGGCUACCGGCUUCGCUGCUUUGCAGAGAUCCUCGGGUUCCGUGCUCGGCUGCCGGACCUGGAGGGUGGUGGCUGGGUAAGCCUCUGCACUCCGCAGGGCUUUCCUCACUUCCGCAAGCAGCCGAGCAUGGCUCCGGAGAUCGAACUGCCCGAGGAGGUGGGCAGCUCCAAGAGCUCGUCUCGACGUAAAGGAGGUACCAUACCAAUUGUGUGGCCUGGUAUCGGUGUCUUAUGGCCGGAGCCCGUACCAGUUCCUGUGCCGAAGCCACAACCCAAGACCUUGCCGGAGCUGCUGUCCUCUAUGGUGUCCGGGAGGGCUUUAUGUGACUGGCAGAGGAUGGCCUUGCCGCCCUACCAGGAGAUGGUCUGGAAGAAUCGGCAUGCGCCUUCGAUCACUCGCUUGCACGAGCUGCUGAGGUUAAAAAUCUGGAAACCUGCUGUGGUCGAGGCGGAGUAUGCGCACAUCCGCGAAGCAGAGGACGAGCGCAGUCGGCGCAUUGUGUCCAUGCCCCUGGGCUCCUUGGUCAUCACGCAGUGGGUCUCCCCGAGCGGCUCCGUGCGGGUCGUGGUGGCCACGGAGGAAGAUGACCCAAGCCCAGGCCUGGGCUGGACGGAUCUCGGGGGCGCCGACGGAGCAGCCCUGACUCUGCUCACGGAGGGGACAGACUUCUGGGUGGAGCCUCAAGGAGGCCACAUUGCUGAAGAGGACCAGCAGGAUGAAAGUGAAUGGCAUCCGACAAAGAUGCAACUCCGUGAAACGAAAGAUCCGGAGAGCCAAGUAGUCGGAAAUUUGCAGCGCGGGGACGUGGUGCAGAUAGCUGAGAUAGACGGCCGCUUGGGGCGCGUGGUGCGGAUCAAAGCCAUCGAAGAGACAGACUCGGAAGCAGUAGGAGGGUGGAUGGAGCUCUACACGGAACCUGGCUGGUCUUGCUUGAGGAAGCGAUUCCUCGGCCAAGUACACCCGGAGGAAGUCAGGCGUCUGGAUCAGCAACAGAAAGCAUCGAAGGUCGAAGAGCAGCUGUCCAAGGAGACUAUAUCGCGACCCUCCAAGGUGCCGGUCGCUGAGGAUGACGAGGAAGACGAGCUGGCGGAGUUGCCAGCCUUGUUAAAAGAACUGGGCGAGUUGGAGGCGAAGAGCAUCUACACGCGCGAUUGGCGGGAGGCCAUCGAUCCAGUGUGGGGACGCCGUUACUUCGUGAAUCGAUGGUCAGGCCAAGUGAUCCACCACUUGGUUCGGUAUGGUGUGGCGGAGGCAGCCGUGAAGCUUACCAUUCACUUCACGAACUUGUCCUUGCACUCUGACGGCCUUGCACGGGAAGAGUUCCCGGAGAGGAAGAUCGCCUCCCUGGAGCGCUCCGCAGUGUCAGGUUUUGCAGCAAUUGCAGACGUUCCUGACAAGCGAGUGCAAGUGAAGUUCUACGACGGCCCGGCGCAGGAGCCUCCCUCCUCGCAUCCGUCCUCACCGGCUUCCGAGGACAGCAUCACAGGUCAGACAACAAAGAGCUCGGAAGCGGACUUCCGUGCCGUCGUGCUUCUCAAGGCUCCAGGUGUGAAGGCUGCCUGGGCUUCUGCGACGCUCCAGAAGCUGAUGGCAAAUGCCGAGCGCUUCGGUCAGCUCAUGGCAGAAGUGCUGGGGAGCGUGCCCCAGAUGUGGCUGCUUCUGAUCAAAGAGGAUGAGCCAUUCAGUAUGAUCCGGGCUGACCUGGAGGAGACGGACAUCCCGCGCGACUCCGAGAUUGUCGAAAGAGCAAGAUCGAAGGCCUCGGAACUGUCCGAGUUGCCACAGCCCAUUGACACAGAAUUCAUUGAGCUCCGCAAGAAUCUGAUGUGGUCGAGACCUCGCAGCAUGCGAUACACCUUCCACCACAUUGGCGAGGUGAAUGCUCGUGCUAUUGGAGAAGGCUUGGAGAUGGCUUUCCAGGCGCCGCAUGCACAGAUCGAUCCGCCACAUCUCGAGGAGCUGAGCAUCUGGGGCUGUGGCAUCGGCAAUGGCGGUGCCGUGGCCUUUGCGAAUGCCUUUGCGCUUGGAUGUGGACGUAAGCUGCAGACCAUCAUCUUGGAUGACAAUGACAUUGGUGCUGCAGGUGCAACCGCACUGGGCGCUGGCCUUCAAAACUGCCCCGAGUUGAGGGAGUUAAGCCUUCCAAAGAAUCCACUCGGAAAAGGUUUCGCAUCACUCCUGUCAGGCCUGGGUGAGACACUCAAAGUCUUGGAUGCCUCAGAGGCUAGCUUGGACGAUGCCGCAGCACAGGCCAUCGCUGCCGCUGUGCCGCGCUUCCCAUUGCUCAGGUCAUUGAGGUUGGCCGGGAAUGUCGCCUUGAGCCUGCUCGGAGUCGAAGCUGUUGUGCGAUCGAUGCUGCAUGUCAAAGAUAUUCAGCAAGUUGAUUUGCGUGGGUCUUCAGCGAAACUGGCAGUGGAGUGGCACAGGCUGAUGCAGCUCCUGGAGCGAGGCGGAAUGGAUCCUCGGAAGCUGCGCUUGUGCGUGCCACUGAGGAAGGAGGUGGAAGGCGCUCCCUUCGGGAAGGCCGACAUCCAGGCCUAUACCACCUUCUUGGUCUGGCGAGGUCCGGCCAACAAGGACCGACGACCACCCUGGAAAGGAGAUGGCCGGGGCCAGCAGGAUUUCCCGGCGUACUCCUCGAUACAGCUCCCGCAGGAACGGGCCGCCCCUCCUGGUACGGCGAGUGGAACCGCAGAUGCGACUGGGGUCAUGAACACCAACUCUAUUCAGCAUGCUCUCAACGCCACCCGCAAGGCCGAGACGAAGGUCUGCCGCUUGAGGGCAGCCUAUCAGGACUUGAGUGUGAAGAUGGCUGCAUACGAGCAGAAGCUGAAAGAGGCCCUACGACGGGAGCGAGCUCGCUUUGCCAAAGACCAGGAACGGCUUCUGCGAGAAAUAGCAGACGCCGAGUCUGCUCAAGAAGCGGCCAGGACAGGGCUGCGUGCAGCCUUUGCCGAGGAAAGGUCGGCAGCCCUUGGCGGCUACGAUGUCGAAAUGGGGGAUCAGGAUGUCGACCGCAUUUUCGAAGAGUGGGCAAGGGAGGACAGCACAGCUAUGGAUGGCGUCCUUCGCAGAGCUCUUGCCCCAGCUACUGGGCAUGCUUUGCCACCCGGGAGUUUCACCUCACCUGUCCGCACCAAUGCAGCCCCGAGAUCACCGCAGCCCGGGCCGAUACCUGGGGGGACUGUCACGCCGCCGGCUACUGUGGACCCGUACCUGGGCAUGGCAUCUCCUUUCCAUGCCCCUCCCGGCCUGGUUGCAAGCCCCCAUCCGGGGCAGAACCCGGUUGCCCCUGGUCUGGCCACAGGACCAGUUCCUGGUUUGGUGGUGCCUGCUUCCGCAGCCCCUCCUGGCCCUGUGGAGACGCAUGCCGGACCAGUGCUCGAAGACGAUCCAACUGGAUAUGGCCCAAGCCCGACCUUAAGCGACAGGGUCAACCGUCGGCGUGCCUUGGAACCUUUUGGUGGGAGUACAAGGCCUCCGGAUCCUGUGCCAGACAACCCCGAACGGGCUCGCGGGGUCAGCCUCGAAGCUGUACAGGCUGCUCUUGCUGCCGGACGUACUGUGAGAAUUUUAGAGGACGACAACGAGGCGAAGACUGUCUUUGGCGCCUCCUUGACCUGCCCUCCCCCGGAAUGCAUUUGGGUAUGCAUGUCUGCGGGUGUGGCGGCGAUGGCGGUAAGCCUCUUCCUUCCGUCCUGCGCUCUCCCUGCGUCCAUGCCCAUCCUCGGCCGGUCGCUGGCCUCCCCGCUCGGCUUUGGCGGGUCUCUGGCACACUUUUUGGACGCAGCCGACCUGGGAGAUCUCCGUAUGGCCCUGCUCUUGUUGGCGCUAUGGAGACUGCUGGUGCGUGCUCUGCCGGGGCGAUCCUCGCCGCUGUCACGGCUCCUGUCACUUCCAUCCGUCUGGGCAGCCCCAAAAGGACUGCAUGAGGCGCUUUCUCACGCAGACCUCGUCAUAGCAGCUCGAGAUGCUUCUUUUGCUGAUAGCAACCCUGAGCACCUUAACCACGACUCGGGCGACCGUGUCAACCCCUGGCGGCAAGUGGUUGCGCAGGUGCAGGCAGAAUCUCUGUGCGAAGCGUAUGGACCGGAGGUGUUUGGUGACUUCCCUGGCCUCGCUGCUGACCUUCAGCCCGCGAGCAGUGUGGUGUCGGCUGUCCUUGGAGAGGCAGCCCCUUCAGCUCGAGAAGACGCACCUACACGAGCACCCGCGCCCUUGGACCAUGGCCCGCUAAGCGAAACUGGGCUGAACGCUUCAGAGGCUGAAACAACGGGGCCCGGGGUUGCCCUUGAUGUGCCAGCUUUCGUUGCUGCUGCAGGAUACAGAAUUGUUAGCUGUACGGUGGGCGUGUCCUUCCCCUCAUGCGUGGAAGCCUUGGAGCGCCAAGUGCGGACACAUGCCGCCGGCCUGCUUGAGGAGAGUGGCGAUCAGCUCGCUCCUGUUUACCCCCAGGUUGCUCCAGGCGUUGCGGCCUUUGUUGCUCAUCCUCCGUGGUUCUCGGAGGCGAGGCUGGUGACUGCAUUCCUCGAUGCAAGGGCCAUCAGAGGCCACGCCUUCGCAAUUGUGCUGUCCUUCCCCACAACCGUGGAAGAGAUCCAACGGGCUGCUGGCUUCUCCUCCGUUAUAGCCCACGAGGUCUUUGUCUCGGGACAUCCGAGCCCGUUGAGUCCAGGGUCUACUGUUGAGCUGCAAGCUGGCGCCCUCAUUCGGCUUCUCCCAGUCGGUUCCAAGCCGUUAUGGGCUGCGCCGUUGGCCUUUGCUCUCUGGCACCCUCACUAUUGGCCUAGUGGGGUUCUGGUGCCUCGCACAAGGGAAGCCGCCUGCGCCCUUGUGCUGCAUAGUUCGGGGAAGUAUUUAUACGACCGCUUCUGCAGUGAUGACUGGGCUAAUCAGAACGGCAUUGCGGCGCUCGUGGGUGUUCCACUGGCUGAGGUGCGCAUGCAGGCCGCAAAUCCCCAAGAGAUGUUGCCAUACGUCUAUCGAGGCUCCCCUGUUCGAGGAGUACUUGCGGUCGUUGAGAGAGGACAAGGCAGGGAUGCACAAGGCAGAGCCACCCCGCAUCUUGUUUUCCUCGACUCUCGACCACUGGGGUUUGAUUUUAAUUUUGUGGUCUGUGACAGCACCUCCCUCUCCAUUGACUGGCUUCUGCAAUACCUUCAGCAACCGCCACCGGCAGGUUGGCGCCUGGUUGUGAAGGGCGGCCAGAGACAUGGAGGAAUGAUUGACUUCCACCCGGGUGAGGUCCUGGUCCUUGCCUUCCACCGUCGUGAAUAUGUGGGCGAGGAGCAGCCCGAGUCUGAACAAGGAUUCUCGUCAGACCCGGAGCAGGACGACGAUCCCAGUCAUGACGAAGGUGAUACAACCGCUCUGUGCCAAUGGGACGAGAUUGAGGUCCAAGGUCUCAAGCAGGCGGUCGGCUGCAGCCGUUUCAGUGUCUUGGAUAUCCAGGUCCAUGUUGGCGCUGGUGAAACCGGCCAUGAGCAGACCUUCCUCCCGGACCUGCGAGACCCAGGUCAAAUUCACACUGCCUGUCUGCCUUCUGUGGCCAAUUCUGCGCUGCUUCGUGCACGUGCUGGCAUUGCGUGGUGGAGGAAUGCUGAGGUUUGGAUCGAGCCUUAUGCCAGACCCAUCCUGGAAAAUGAAGUCUUCCGACUGUUUCCGGGGUCCGUGGUUGUCUUCUUGUUGGCUGAUGCCCCCGCCCCCCAGCUCGGCGACCUGACAACUAUGCUAAGGACGGCCGACUGUUGGGACCACCUGGAGCCCCUGCCUUUUCUCUUCGACCCUUCUGUGUGGGUCAUGACCGAUGAGGGAGCUUUUCGUUUCGCCAUUGAGGGCGGUCGACCACGCAGAUUCGUUCUGGCGCAUGCCCUUGACUACGACCCAUCGCGGUUAGUAGCUGUGGCACCCGAGCCACUGCUUCGGAACUUUUGUGAUCAGGGUGCCACCACUGAGGCUGUGAUUGUCGUUUCGCAGAAUGUGCCUAUGAAUCGAGCCAUAGGUACGGGGCUAUGCGUGGUCGUCAUUGACCAGAGACCCAUUUUGCUCGGAGUCGCCUGGAAGCUCGUUACGAAUGGCUUGUUUUCCAUGGGGCGAUAUGUUGCCGAGCUCCCUAGACGAUGCCCCGCAGGGUACCAGUUCGCCUUUUCUGGAGCCUUUCCCCUGCAGGGCACUGAUUAUCUCCGAGUUGCCGAUGCAACCCGCCUGACCGUCGAAUUUGUCGCAGUGCGGCCACCGCCACAGGAUGGAAGUGAUGACACUUCUGACUCAAGGCACACUGUCUACACCUUGAAUUCGAAUGACGAUGGCAGCUCCAGCUAUGACAGCGACUCUGAUUCUUCUGAGCCAGGUCCACCUGCAGGGCCGCCGCCGCCCAGGCCCCUCACCAACCCCGGUCAUUCCCACAGAUGGGUCCAGGCAACGACCGUGUUCGCUGCCUGUGUUGUUCCUGCUGCGGCAAAUCUACCAUCUGAGGCCCAGUCACUCAGUCUUGUUGAUUCUUGCUUGGUUCUUGCGAUCAUCAACCUCUGGGUGCUGGGUUUUAUUUGUCGGGCCGUCACGGGUAUUUUGCAGCAGCGCCUCCAGGUUACUAGCUGUAAAUCAGCUGAUGACCCUUCUAUUGGCCAAGGUUCGCACUGGGCCCUCGAUAAUCUGUGUGCUGCCACUCGCCUCCUUCAGAUUCCGUCUUUCGCCAUGCCUAGGGACCUUGCCCGGUUACUUCAGGAGGAAGAGUUUGAAGGGGGCCUUGAUGAACUUGGCACGCGUGACGUUGCGGUCACUUUUGCAAUCCUGGCGCCGGCAUACUCGCCCGAAUUUGUCACGAUAGUGUUGCAGCUACCCUGCACGUGGGGUGAAGCUGAAGCCCCCCUUUCUGAUGCAAGGGCCACUGCUAUGUGCGUUCGCUUCCCGCAUGUGCGUCCUGUGGCACAGCAACACAUUCCAGGCUUUGCAGUUCUACUCGCCGCACCGUGCUGGGACCCGCACGCCACUGUUGUAUGCCUCAACUCUGCUACCUUCGAUGGUCGUGUUUUUGCCGCAUAUGCCCCUUCCUAUAUGGACCAUGACGGACUAUGCUGGCUCGCCUCGAUGCCAUCUGGCAUUGACUUCGACGUCUUUGUCGACGGUGAUGACCAGCCUCUUGAGCGAGGACCAGAGGUCCAUUUAACCCAAGGAAUGCAGAUCAUUUUUGUUGAGGCAGGUCAGGUGCCAGCAGCGGGCAAUGCGCUUCACCGGAUGCUCCUCAUGCCAGCAUUUUGGGAAGAAGUCGCUUCUUUCCCCGCACCCGAUCUCCCCGAUUCCUACUGCAUUGCCACGGCCUCCCAUCAUGCCCUCUGUGCAUGUGACUUUGGACGUCCCUGGAGGCUGAAAAGGCAUAUAGCUAGUGUGAUCGGCUUGAACCGCUCUGACUUCCACAUCCUGCCGUCCGCGCCACCGGUAAGGGAUAUUGCCGUUGACGGUGUCAAGUGUAGGACUCUCCUAGCAGCAUGCAAUUGUGGGAGACAAGAAGCCAAUUGCCAGGCUUUCUUCCUUGAUAUGCGACCAAUUCGAGAAGGGUUAAGACUUAGGUUCUGCCAUGGUUUUGCCCUUGACCUCGAGGGGUUGAUCGAUACGUUGUCGACUGCCGCCCCGCCGGGCUGGCAGGCCCAAAUUGCUGAUUCCCCUGUGGCCCUUGGGGGCCGAGUUUUCCUGGAACCGGGAACAGUUAUGACGGUCGACUUUGUCCCUGCACUCAGCCCUGCUGAUGCUGUCGCCCCCGAUCGGCAACCCAAUGACAAUUCUGCCCCCUCAGAGGUUCCCAGUUCGGGCACAGGCACGAUUGAUACCCACGAAAGCUCGACAAGCCAGGAUGCGAGUUCGGGUCCAGCGCCUGCUACCACAGAGAGCAACUCUGACGAGCUCGAUGAGGCGACCGGCCCUGAUAUGCGGGCCAGAGCUUUUGUUGUUCUAGGCCAGGACUAUGCUCCUGAGCUGAUCCAAAUUGCGCUGCCUGUCCCGACACGUGUUCCAGAUGCCCUGGCACGCGUCUCGAGUGCGCGUAAACCUCGAGACCGUUUUUGCUUGCCUUACCUCAUGCCCGUGGUUCCCCAGCCUUCCGGGAAUCAUGCACUCCUGCUGGCCCUUCCACCUUGGCCGGUGGACGGUGCCUACAUCGCGUGUGACCUUAGCGCUCAUGACGGACGGACUUUCGCCCUCCAAUUAGGAGGACGAAUCGAUAGAGCAGGACUUCUUGUGGCAGUAGGGAUUGCUGACGGCAAUGGCAUUGAAAUCUAUAUCAGAGACAUGCCCUGGCCACUGCCUGAUGGGGUUGUAGUUGAGCUCGGGCACGGUGACCUUGUGCAAUUUGUGCCCGAACACCAAUCUGUAGCUGUGGUCGCCACACUGGCAGACAUGCUUGCCUCUCCCACCCACUGGAGGUAUAUUGCCCCCACUCUCAAUGUUUUCAUUGGGGACACGUGGGUUGUGCACGAUACGGGUGCUUUCCGCCACCAGGUCAGGCCGGAGAGACGUAGCUUUAGCAGACAGGACAUCGCUGCCAGACUCGGCAUCUUGCCGACCGACCUCGUUAUUCAGAUGCCCCAACCACGAAUCCAUGACUUCUGGCGCCGGGGCCAGCCCACAAUGCACGUGAUGUAUGCCAUUUGGGCUCCGGGGUGUUCCACUGCGGGGGACUUCAGUGAGGCCGUUUGCUUCGUUGAUCUCCGGCCCGUGCUCUGUGGACUCUACGUCGCCCGUUGCCCGGACUACCGUUUCGACGUCUGCGACCUUCUGACUCGAUUUGCCAGACGGUGCCCAGUCGGUCUCCAGGUGCAGGCUGAAAGGCGAGGCGCACUGCUUCCACCUUACGAACGUGCCCUGCCCGUCAGCAACGGGGACGUCAUCACUGUUUUCGUCCUACCCGAGACGCUGGCUCGAGAAUGGGGACAAGGUGGUGGGGGACCGCCCGGACAGCCCCCGCCUCCCGACCAGUCAGGGCCUAGCGAUCCCAGGAACAGUGGCUCUGACACAGUUGCAUCUGCACCCCCCCUACCAAUCGGCCGGAUGUUGUCGCGCCAGUGUCCAGUACAGGCGGUUCUGGCUCCUGUCAGCUGA